GUAGUUUGGAUCAACGGCCUUCAUCCAAAAGAAAACCCUAACCUCUCACCAUCUCUCAAAGCCGCUAGGCUCAAUCCUUCGUUGCAGCCUCAAUAGACUGCUCACCCAACCCCCUCUGUUCUCUACUUCUCUUCAUCUCCGGUCCCCCUCGCCUAAGUCGAUCUCCUUUGAGGCUCUCUCUUUCCUUCUUCUCACUCUGUCAGAGACGGGAAACUACUCGAUUGCUUACUUUUACCUCCGUCUCUGGUCUCUUCCGUUCUCAGCUUAGCUCUCUCCAAGAACUUGGUGGUUUGAUCAUAAUGCAGUCUGGUGAAGCCCCUGCUUCAAUGGAAGUAGAAACAAGUUCAAAUGGACUGGGAACACAUAUUGGGUCUUUUCUACUGCCACCUAAGCCGAAGUUUGAGCCUCUGAAGGCUCAUGAGAUGUCUGAUGGUCGAGUUCAGUUCAGGAAGGUCUCAGUUCCACCACAUAGGUAUUCACCACUCAAGAAAGCAUGGAUGGAAAUCUACACUCCAAUAUAUGAGCAGAUGAAGAUUGAUAUCCGAAUGAACCUCAAGGCUAGAAAGGUUGAAUUGAAAACCAGAUCAGAUACACCUGAUGUUAGUAACCUGCAGAAGUGUACAGAUUUUGUACAUGCUUUUAUGCUAGGUUUCGAUGUUAUAGAUGCUAUUGCACUUUUGCGACUGGAUGAGCUGUAUGUGGAAUCUUUCGAAAUCAAAGAUGUUAAAACCCUUAGAGGUGAGCACUUAUCUCGUGCCAUUGGAAGACUGUCGGGUAAAGGUGGCAAAACAAAGUUUGCUAUUGAGAAUGCUACGAAAACAAGGAUUGUGAUUGCUGACACCAAGAUUCACAUAUUAGGAUCUUUUCAAAACAUUAAAAUUGCAAGGGAUUCCCUCUGCAGCCUCAUUUUAGGGUCCCCUGCCGGAAAGGUAUACUCAAAGCUUAGACAAGUUACUGCUAGAUUGGCAGAGAGGUUUUAGUCAUUUUAAUUGCAUUAUUUUUUUGACUAUUUAGCUUCAUUUUGAUAGGCAGAGAGGUUUUAAUCAUUUUAAUUGCAUUAUUUUUUUGACUAUUUAGCUUCAUUUUGAUGAUCUGAGCUUGUCAUGGUGAGCGGAAAGUUUGUGGUUGUAACUUGGCUUGAAUUUUAUAUAUCAGAGGCCUAGUUUCAUUAUAACUA